AUGGUUUAUGAGAAAUUGUCAGCCUCAGAGUACACUACGGAAAGUAAGGACAGAAUCAGCAGUUUGCCAGAUGAGAUUCUUUGUCGCAUGAUGUCUUUUCUUACAACGAAAUAUGCAGUGGGAACAAGCAUUUUGUCUAGAAGAUGGAGCUACACAUGGACCUCCGUACCUGAUUUAGAUUUUGAUGAUACAUUAACUUCACAUGAUAGCGAGCAUUCAAACGAACUGUUGUUUGUGCAAUUCGUAAACAGAGUGCUGCUUCUUCACAGUGCUCCGAUUAAGAAAUUACGUCUUAAAGUAACCAGUAAUCUAGUUCAUAUUUUUAAGGAUGUAAAUUUAUGGAUUUGUGCAGCAAUUAUGCGUAAUGUCGAGGACCUUGAACUGGAUUAUUCUUCCCUUCAGCUACCCCAAAUCCUUUUUCGUUGCAAGACAAUAAAAAUCUUAAAGCUUCAUGCUGCAAUUGGCUUUAACCUUACCGGACUUGUAUGCCUUCCAGGCUUCAAGGUACUUCAUCUUCAAAAUAUGAGUGUUGCAAAUUUAGAGAAGAUCUUGCAUGGCUCCCCAGUUCUUGAAAAAUUAAUCGUUCGUAGAGAUCCUGGGGAUUGUUACGCCUUCACCUUGCAAGCCUUGUCAUAUACGCUGAAACGUCUUACAAUUCAUCAAACCAAGAUGAAAUCUAUAAUACACGGUUCUAAACAUAGAGUAGUUGUGAUUGCCCCAAAACUUGAGUUUCUCGAGCUUAAGGAUCAUCUGUCUGAAAAAGUUUACAUAACGAAGUUAUCGUCACCAGUUAAUACGAUUAUUGAUGUUAGCAAGUCCUCUGGGUUUCAGGUGUUAUGGCUUCUAAGAAAAAUUCCUAAACUCAGUGUUUUAAGCUUAUCGGCAGAUACUGUAGAGGCACUCUGUAUGGUAGCUGGUGACAGGUUUCCUUGGUUUCGCUAUUUGACUCGGUUGGAAGUGGGAGCUGAUGAAUUGGAUGGUUGA